AUGUCAUCUUCAUGCUGCGGUGGUAAAGGUGGAGCGGGAUGUUGCAAAGAUCAACCAUCCGCUCAGAAUCAAAACGGCGCGGCCGUACCAUUGUUACGAGGAAACAAGAAAACUUCUCAGCAACCCAAUUCAUACGCUGCUGUAGCUGCCGGCAACACCUCGGACAAUAACAACAACAAGUCCUAUGGGGCUGUAUGGACAUUGGAUAACGCUGUACCUCAAAGCAACAGGACGCAGCAACUGCAAGAUGUGUUAGGGGAUCAUGAACCGUUGGGAAGUAAAUGUUCGGCCCAUGCCUCGGGUGGACAAUGUUGUAAAGAGUUGAAAGGUGAUGAUGAGAGGCAUUUGAUUAGUCCUGAAAUCGUUAGAGAUGUCAUUAUCGGUCUCUCAGACGGUUUGACAGUACCUUUCGCCUUGACCGCUGGUCUAUCAUCCCUGGGAAGUUCAAGUUUGGUAGUUACUGGUGGAUUGGCCGAAUUGUGUGCUGGUGCUAUCUCGAUGGGUCUAGGUGGAUAUCUCGCCUCCCAAGCUGAACUCGAUCAUUUCCACUACCUCCGUCGUCAAACUCAAGCUCGAGUCCUCCGAUCAUGUUCAGGCGAGAUGGAACGUGAAGUCCACUCGAUCCUCGGCCCAUUAGGUGUGAAAGAACCUUUAUCGCGAUUGAUAGCUGAAGAUCUGAGGAUUGUCGAAGAUGAUUUGUAUGGUCCUCAAGAUGGUACGACAGGUAAUCAAGGUAUCAUGCCUGCUUCUCAGGUCGAACCUAUCUCUCCACUUUCAACGAAGAAAUGGAGUAGCAUAUUCAACUGGGGUAAGAAGGAUGUACAAGAAGAAGAAGGUGGUGAGAGUAAGGUUGAUGAGGAUAUGGGGUUGACGGCUUUCUUAUUGAAGUUCGGUGAAGGUUUAGAGGAAGUACCGAAAUCUCGAUUAUACAUCUCAGCACUUACCAUUGGAUUAUCCUAUUUCAUCGGAGGUCUGAUACCCCUCAUACCAUAUAUGAUUACCGACACAGCCGAAAAGGGAUUGAUUAUUUCCGCUAUUGUGACCGGUGUGAUCUUAUUCAUCUUUGGUGGAUUCAAGACAUACUUUACCGGUGCGACAGGUGGAUGGGGUGGAUAUGCUUACGGAGCUAUAUCGACGAUGAUUGUUGGUGGAGUAGCGGCAGGUGCGGCAUUCGGUUUGGUCAAAAUCUUAGGUGUACAAGAGUAA